CUCUAGUCUGCCGUCACUUCCGGUUCUCUGUCAGUCGCGAGCCAGCGAGCAGAAGGCUGUCGACUGCAGAAGCGGAGCAAUGCCUAAAUCAAAGGAACUUGUUUCUUCAAGCUCAUCGGGAAGUGAUUCUGACAGUGAAGUUGAGAAAAAGUUAAAGAGGAAAAAGCAAGUUGCUCCAGAAAAACCUGUAAAGAAGCAAAAGACUGGUGAAACUUCGAGAGCUCUGUCAUCUUCCAAACAGAGCAGCAGCAGCAGAGAUGAUAAUAUGUUUCAGAUUGGAAAAAUGAGGUAUGUCAGUGUUCGGGAUUUUAAAGGGAAAGUUCUAAUUGAUAUUAGAGAAUAUUGGAUGGAUCCAGAAGGUGAAAUGAAACCAGGAAGAAAAGGUAUUUCUUUAAAUCCUGAGCAAUGGAGCCAGCUGAAGGAACAGAUUUCUGACAUUGAUGAUGCAGUAAGAAAACUGUAAAAUCUGAGCCAUAUAAAUCCUGUACUGUUCUGGUUGUUUUAAUCUGUCUUUUUACAUUGGCUUUUGUUUUCUAAACGUUGUUUUCCAAGCUAUUGUAUAUUUGGAUUGCAGAACAAUUUGUAAGAUGAAUACUUUUUUUUAAUGUGCAUUAUUAAAAAUGUUCUGAGUGAGCUAAUUGUCAACUUUAUUAAGGAGGAUUGCUUUGUGCCCACCACUUAGUGUAAAAUAAAAUCAAGUAAUUACAAUCUUAACUGUUGUGGCCUUUUUUGAUCAAAAGAUUAGAUAUUCUUUAAGGCCAAAAUUAACAGUUUUAUAGACCUAUUAGUUCUAACUCAGUUUUUACAUGAAAAAGAUUUGUAUUGCAUUGAGUUUUUUAACGUUAGAUUUGUGAAAUCCAUGAUCUCUUCAAGCCAAAUGUUAAAAUUUGUCCCAGUCACUUUCUUUUUUUUAAAUUCAUUUUCACUUAAUAAUAAUCAUUUUUAUUUCACUCUUUUUUCGUUGAAUAUAUUAUGCUAAUUUGAAAAGUCAGUGAAACUGUCAAAAUGUUGAUUCAA